UCGAUUGAUUUUCCUUUCGUUUGUUUGUUGAGGUUUAUAGUGAUUUUUGCAAAGAAAAUUGUUGUUUUCUUAACAAACGCUCGAUAACCAUGUUUUUGCAAAAUAUUUCAAUAGGAGAUUGAUAAAGCUAGCAAUCAUGAAUGUCUUGGAGAAGGCAGAAAAGUCCUUAGAGUUUUUGAAAAGCGGGGAAGGAAGUGCGAAGAGCCAUGAGCUUCAAGCUGCUGCUGGGACCCUAGGUCGUUGUUUAGGAGCUUUAGGAAGUCGUCCUAAUUGUGCUAGACAUUAUGCUAAUUUCUUACACUCUGCCGUACCUAUUUUCUUGUCUUUGGCUAGCAACGAUAGUGCUGAAGUGCGUCUAGUAGGAGAUGAGGCUUUGAAUCGUUCAGUGGCUGGAGGAUUUGCUUUUCAUUCAUAUAAAACAAACAUUAUACUACAAAAUCAAAUAGACCAUAAUAAAAAUGCAAGAUGGAUCAGAGCUGCACUCUCUCGUAUAUGUCUCGGGGACUGCUGGUUACGUCCAGGUGUUGGAAAGAUACGGACACAAGCACAAACAUUGUUUCCAAAGCUCAGCCAAAUUGUGCAACACACAAAUGAGAUACAACUCAUUGUAGAAGCGUUGGAGUCUAAUUUGCCACGUAUUUUGAAUGCAUUGGCUGAAUAUACAACUGAUGAAGAGAUCUCAGAAUUAUCUAAAGUGUUACUAUCACAUGUGGAUUGUUCAGAAGCUUCUGUACGGAGAGGAAUAGCAAAUUGUGUAGCACAUCUCACUUCACAUAGAGAACCUUUACUCACAAAUAUAUUGAAUAAAGUGUUUGAACAUCUUUGGCCGGCAGCUGCAAGUGAUACAAGUAUUGUUGGAUGGUUUUGCGUCGUCAAAGCCAUGUUUCAAAUUAAUGAUAUGGAGAAGUUCACCGAUAAUGAUUUAUUCAGUGUUCAAGAUUAUUUAGAGCUCUAUAAUUUAUGCAUUUAUUAUCUGGAACAAACAACAAUUGAACAUAAUGUACAGAAUUCAGUAAUGGAGUGUCUGUCUGUGUUACUGUCACAAGCCAACGUUGAUCAGAGGAAAGCUUUGUUGGAGAAACAUCCUAGAUUAGUUUGUUUAGACGAUAGAAAAAGUGAAAAGGGACAUCGAAGAAAUAUAAGUUCAGUGAGUGCGGUGUCGUGCCGCAGUGCACCCAGUCCUCUGACUGAGGGUCGAGACCUGGAUGUACUGGUGCGAGGAGCUCUGCAGCUCGGCAGUCUGCUGCAGCUUACCACGCCCAGCCUCAGUGUUGAAGAUCUCACUAUACAGACACCAGAUUCACCAGCAAGUGACAAAGAUAUACAAAUACCUGACGCAGAAAAACUGUCCAAGGAAUUAGUUGAGAAAUUAGAGGAAAUGGACAUCACUGAUCAUUGUGAUGAUGAUGUUCAAGUAUCACAUGAGACAUCUUUUAAGAUCAAUAUUGGAUCUUCGACCGAUGAUGACGUUGUGUUAAAGUAUUGUGCUCGUUUGCUGGUCUCCAAGUUCUUACUGACUGGUAACAAAGGAGGGUUCAUAACUGACAGAUCAGUAAGAGUGUCAGUUAAAGCUUCAGCUUUGACAUGUCUGUCAGAGAUUUUACGAGUCUACCCACAAAUUAUGACUAUGUAUCUAGACAAAGAUGCUGAUAAUAAACUACAGAAUUAUUCAGGUUCAUCUGAAGGUGUAAAUUUUUGUCAAGACAAUAUCAACGAGUUUAUAUUAGAAAGAAAUGUUUGCUAUCAAGAUUCAAUAACGGAAUCAAUAAGUCAAGAACUAUCACACAAGAGCACAGACAGUCACACAAACACACAGACACAACAAACAUCAAAGAAAUCAACCGAUAAAACGGACAGUCCUGAUCGAAAGAGUUCAAAAGAUACACCAUUGAAUCUUCAAGAUAUAAGACUUUUAGGGAAAAUGGACCUUAUUGCUAGUGGAAUAAGUGCUGACAGUACUAAUGCUAAUAUGACUAAUAGUAAUUUUACGUCAAAUUCUAAUAUGACUGGAAGUAAUGAUCCAAUAUCUUCAGGUUAUCCGAUGUCUAGUAGUGGAGAUGUCUUGUCUUCUAGUAUAGACUUGGAUAUGAAAUUCGAUCAUUUCGGUGAAUCUAAUACUAAUUUAGACAAUCUAGAUUCAUUAAAAGAUCUAGAGAGAAAAGAGGAUAGGAAGAAAAUGAAAAAGAACGAAGUUUGUCAAGAGAGAGAGAAGAUAGAAGAUGAUAAGAGUGAGAAAGAGUUUGAAUUUCAACAUAUGUGUGAUGUGUUUGUGUUAGAAGGUCACAAUGACCCACAGAUUAGAGGUCUAGUUAGGGUCUGUAUUGGAAACUAUUUGAUGUCUGCUUUAGAUCUGUCUCAUGGUGAUUACAAUAGAUGGCGCUGUUAUACCAACAUGGCCAAAGACAACGCAGAUUGUCUAUGUAUUGAUAAACUCAUGGAUAUUUUAUUGAAGGGUCUCUCCGAUGAGAUACAUUCCACAGUGAACCAUACAUUAUCAGCAUUGACCAGUUUAUCAAGAGCCCUCUUCAACAGCGCUCAUUGGAUGUUGAUGAUUGAAGCAUUGAAUUCUUUAGUCAAUGUAGAAAAUAAUAACUACUGGUUGUGUAAAGUUAAUUUGUGUAAAAUGUAUGAGAAAUUACCGUAUCAAAGAUUCUUCAUGCUAUGUCCAGAAUAUAAUGGAAGAAGUAAACAUAUUAUGAACACAUUGUUCCGUCUGUUGUCUGAUCAAGAUCAGAAGGUCAGGAAUGCAGCAUCACAUGCUAUAUCAUUUAUAAUACAAAAAAUAUAUCCGUCUAGAAAAGAGACGCCAAUAUCAAUGAUGAUAGAAACAGCUAGAGAACAAAGUGAUUUGUUCAAUUUCGAUCAAAAUCGUUGUGCGUUGGAUUUAGUUAGGAAUAUAUAUUUUUAUAACGACCUUCCAUCACAAGUGAGAGAUGGUGAUGUGAUGAACUGUGAUGCUCUGAUGAUGAUUGUUGGUGAUCUGAUGCAAAGACUUAUGUCGUCCAAUUGCAAGUUUUAUUCUCAAGGUUUACUUGAAGCGCUUCAAGCUAUUUGUAAACGUUGGUCUCCAUGGAGUCAUAAGGAGGCGUACACAGAGCAGGGCAUCCUGAAUUAUUGUUUAGAUAACCUGGAGUACUGCAAUGGAUCUGUGGCUACUAGGACUAUACUAUUGGAUUUAUGCUGCAUGAUAUAUCCGGUCGAUAUCCACAACGUGAUGCGUCACAAAACAACAAACAGAGAUAUAUUCGAAAGAGACUAUCAGAAUAUAACAGGGAAAUGGCAACAUUUGGAGAACGAGAAAGUUGCCAGUUUAGCGGAGAAAUUUCUACAGGUAACAUUGAAAAUGUUGAAUGUAUUGGUACAUCUGAUAGAGGAAGUUAACCCUAAUGUACAUUUGAAUAAGAGCGGUAUUGCUUUGCCCGGCAGUCCUGUGCGGAGGAAGACGCAAGACCCAAUCCAAAGACGAGGAAGUACAGUAUCCCAAGAUACUGAUGACAAAGGUUCCCUCAGGAAGAAAGUCCCUUCUCCUGCUACCAGUUUAAAGGCAAAUUUCACUGGACAUUUCUAUAAUGAACCUUUCUAUAUGAAGCUUUAUGAGAAUUUGAGAGCUAUGUACUCUAAUCAUAAGAUAAAUUUAGAUCAAAAAGGCAGUAUAUUCUACGAAUUCCUAGAAACAGUACUAAACUGUUUAGCUAUUCAACUAGAAUUAGCUACAGAAAAAGAAUUCGGUUACGUAACUGAAGAGAUUUUGUACUAUCUUAAAGUUAUAAUGCCUUUAUGUUCAAACAAAACUGUAUUUUGUAUAACUCAACUAUUAAAAUGUUUAUUUGGAACUAAUAUGAUAAAUCAAUACAAUGAUUUUAUGACUAUAGCUGAUAACCGGUUUUUACCGGUUAGAACCAGUUUUUACCGGCAUGUUAUGUUAGUGAAUCCGGUUUUAACUAGAGAAGAUUCUGGAAGAAGUAGUGUUUGCUCGAAUACUAGUCAGAAAUUGUCUUUAGAUACGAAAAAUCCUAAGAUGGUUAUGGAAAGACAGAUGUUAAUCGCUUUGGAGAAUUUCUCUAAGAAUAAAACUGAUAGAAAAUGGAGUACUAAUAAAAAGGAAUUGGAAAGAUAUAUACGUUUGUUUGAACCUGUUGUGAUACAAGCUUUAAAGAGUUAUACAAUGCAGAAUGACAUCCCUCUGCAGCGAUCAGUACUAGCAUUACUGGAUCAGCUGCUGGCUCUACGAGUCAACUACUGCAUGCUGGACAGUGACCAGGUCUUCAUCGGCUUCCUCAUGAAGCAGCUAGAGUUGGUUGAGCAGCAUGAGAUACCAAACUGCUGUGAACUGGUGAAUAGUAUACUGCUAUUUUUGGUGCAGUUGUCAUCCUCGAAACAUCAUACAAAGCAACUCAUAGAAAUACCUAAGUUGAUACAAUUAUGCGAUGGUUUAAUGGCAUCAGGAGCACAUUCAGAAUGUAUCGCAGGAUUAGAACCAGUUGCCGUUAAAGUCUUUAGCAACAUGGGAGCAGGUAACAGUGUUCUUGGCCGCACACAACAACAAGAGGCACAAGCCACCAGAGAAGUUCUCUUCUAUAUGUUGCAGAAGACGAUGCAUCAACCUAAAGUUUUAGAUCUCGUUUCCUGUGUUCUAUCACUGUCACAGGACCAUCCAGAGAGUUAUUAUCGAUGGUCAGAGCUGGCAAGUGACACACUCCUCAACUUAUUGACACAGAGGAGCAUAGAGUUGGACUCUUGUGAGGCUGUCAGUUCUUUAGAGAGGUUAUUGGAUUCUGUGUACAAAGAUGUGUUGCUAGAGCAAAGUAGAGUUGAAGUUUUAUUGAAGAUUCUCUUCAAAGCACCGCCCGAUCAGGCAACAACACCACGCAAGUUGAAGUUACGAUAUCUGUCAAUAAUAAUGAUAUUAUUACGGAAAGUCUUAGUUUUGAUCCCGGAAAGUGAGAUUUUAUUGUCCAUAAAUUAUUUAAAAUCUACUUCAAUAUCACCACAAUCUAUAUUCUUCAACGCUAAGUUAGACAUCGAUCCGCUAAAUGUUCAGAAUGUUAAUGAAAACUGUGCAAAUCUUUCCCCUGAUGUUGUCUUAGUCAGAUUUCUCUUUAAAACUCUCACAUUUGCGAUUAUAGAGAUGGAUGAUUGUCAAACGAAUUUGAACUCUAAUAGUGAUUGUAAUAAGGAUGGUUUGCUUUAUUCUGUUUGUGUGAAUAUUAUAGUUCACGUUAAACAUAUGCUGCAUUUGACUGAUGGUUGUCUGUUCCCAUUAACAGCUAAAACAGCUCAAAAUAUAUUACACAACGAACAGAGCGGUUUAAAUACAGGUCUUUACAGUCCUGAAGAGAAUAUACCGCUCGACCAUCUUAACUUGAUCUGUCUGAAGUUAGCUCAUAGACUGCCGCUGCUCACCGUGCACUGGUCACAUUUGUUGAUACGGUUGAACUUCAUGUCACAGAAGUACUGGCACAAGUUAAUGAUAGGUUGUGGGCGGGGCGUUGCGGAGGGCGUGGCCGGCGCAGUUGGGGGCGCAGUUGGGGGCGCAGUUGGGGGCGGGGCGGACACACGCGCACUGCGCACUGACACACUGCAGGCCGCCUGCGUCAUCGCCUACUGCGAAUACUUCGUUGAAAACGGUUUAAACCAAGUGGUGCAUUUGACAUGGUUACUAGUCAAUAGAGUUCAUGUACUAAUUAGUCAAUACAAUGAAGACAUUGUACAGACUUUAAUAGCUAAAGUACAAGAGAAUUCUGUGGCAUCUGGCUUGUUACUGCAGGCUAUCGCCGCCAGAUGUCAGUGCUGUUUGAAGGACGAAUUCGCUCUGAACAUAUACAAAGUGCUAUCUCUAUGUCAUGAGAGUCAAUCUGGUGCUUUAGUGUUUCUCAUAUGUCGUAUUAUUGGUAAACUGGAACCAGCCAUUGCUGUCAGAUUUGCUAACUUAGCAACAGAGAGGUGCAAAAUGUUGGCAGAAGUUUCCUCUGAAGAUAUAAAAUGUCAACUCUCUAAGGAGGAUCUACAAGUCGCUUUAGAAUCCAUACAGAGAGACAAGGUUCACGUUAGAUAUCCAGCACUAGUAGUACAGCUAAAUAAUCUAGCAUCCAGUACUUUCGAUCUAUCUCCACUGGACCUUACUUUAGACCGUGUCGUGAACCCGCAGAAUGUAUUGACUACCAAUGUUGACGCUAAUUGGCUCAUUAAUGAAAUAAAAAUAAGAUGUCGUACAAAUGGUUCCUUUCAAAAACUAUCAAAUUAUAACAAUUUAGCACUGCUUUUGUCUAAUCUGACGAAAGAAGAUUUACAGACAGUCAUGUUAUGUCCUGAGUUUGAUAGAAAAAUUCUUGCGUCAUGCUUUAAAGUGUCAUGUGAUACGUUUACAAGAGACUUCUUAAAUAUACUCUCUAUUUCUGAAGCGAAAGAGAUGGAGAGAGAGAAAGAAAGGGAACAAGAGACUGUCAAGAAGGAACAAGAGUUGACAUCGUCGAUUGACAGUAAUAAAUUGAAUGUUGUCAACUUACACGUAUUCAAAAGAAGUGACAGUAAAGAAUCAAAAUCUCAAUUCUUUAUACCUAUAAACGAAACGGAACAAAAAGGUUUUGGGAAUUUAAAAAUAUCCGAAGAGGAAGUAGAAAUGUCACUUCCAAAGUUGUCAGAUUUAUAUGAAGUGUCAAUAUUGACUCUAGAUAAGUCGAUAAGUGACAUAUUAAGACUUUUUCCAAAACAAAAUCGUCCGUUAAGUCAAUCAGAAACGUUUAAUAUGAAUAUAGAACAAACUAUUGAUAGGUAUACGAGAAGAUGUCAUCAAGUAUUCCAAGAUAAAUUAUUUUAUAAAGAAUUUAUAACAGUUCAAGCGAUUUUGACUGGUUUCUUAAAUUCUUUAGAUAGAAUGAUAGCAUUGAUAGAUGAAGCUGAUUGUGAUUUAUUAGAGAAAUGCAUAGAGAAUAUUAUACCUACAAAUUUGUGUAAGAACAUAGCCAUCUAUUGCGUAGUUUCGUUGCAAUAUUUAUCGUUUUUGAUAAAGAAUAAGAAAGAAGUGGAGAGUCCUGUACAUGCUGAUGUAUCGUUCAGAGCCACGAUAAUGGAAACAGAGAAUAUUGUCGUGGAUUAUGUGAUAGUGGAAACAGUGCAUAAUGUGGCUAAAGCUUUAAGUUUCAAAGAGAUUUGGUCUGAAUUGAAUGUGGAUAGUAAUUUCAAUAGAAUACAAUCAGCUAUUAGUUGUUUGUUUGCUGUACUUAAGUAUUUAGUUAAGGACACAAAACCUCUGAUCUUAAAGCAACAUAUGCCAGUACAAGACUCAGGUCCAAAACCAGACUUUGUACUGAUCUCAGACAGAUUGAUCACAAUGGUGCAAUAUUGGGAACAUAAUUACUACACUAAACCUAUCGGUGAUAUCUUAGGAAAGGGUUUAAGAAAACCCAUAGAAAGUUUACUCAUCAGUCUCUCUAGACUAGAAGUUGUCAAUAACAUAGCAUUAAUUCCACCAAUAGCGUGGUCAUAUGUUGAAGUGACGGUGAAAAAUGAUACCAUACAGAAAAUUGAUCUACCACUACAAGCUUUGCAGGAUAUGGAUGUACUGGAAUCCUUUCUAUUCAGAGUGAAUCUCCUCGGAUGGUCGUGUAAGAAGCAGUUCGAGGAGAUCUGGGUGGGUCUGUUGGGUGCGUUGCCUGGCAACGGGACGCACUGGGCGGUGCGCGGCAUCGCUCAGCUGGUCGCCACCACCGCGCCCGCAGUGCGCCGCCGCGGUACUCUGCAUGUACCUCGCACUCACCUCUAUCUCACUCAUGGUAUGCAACGUCUACGUAGUCUCCUUGUGGGCACUUCAGCGUACAGUAUGUUAGAGGAGGUGAACUUGGAGCGAGUACCUCUCCUCGCUGAUCAGUUUGAUGGAUAUCACUGCGCACAGUUCAGCACUGACUAUCUUAAAUUGGCCUCUGACAUAACAGAUGAGGCGCCCUCUAGAGUGAGACAAGCGGUGAAAAGAAAGAAGAAGAACAAAGAUAUAGACGUGAACAGCUGUUUGCAACUAUUAAUGGAUGUUACUUCAGAAAUGCUUGAACCUAAAGCGACAACAGGUCUAGCUGCUCGUACAGCACUUCUCUCAAGUAUUCACACAGCGAGCUGUGCGUUCUCAUCUCCCGCACACUGGUCGUGGGCCGGCGCUCAGCUGGCGGCGGAGUCUGGCGGCCACUGGGCCAGCAUCACCAGAGCUCUGCUGCAGGCCCUCGCAGUCUGUCUGCCUGUCCUCUACCCUUGUGAGGGUAUGCAGGAGCUAUCAACAGUACAUCAAAAGCUACUGAAGUCCCUAACAUCAAGCUAUGCGCCAUUGCGACAGGCAGCGCUGCACGGCUGUCUGCUGCAGCUGAGUGCAGGACCUGCAGCACACCUGCUGCCUGACCUGGUGGCCAGUGUGCGUCAUCAUCUGCAGCGUCACCAGCGCGCCAGGAUAUCUCUGUACGAGCAGAGUCUGUACUGGACGGUGUUGUUCUCGCUGGUGGAGGCAGGUCAUCAGGACCUGGUGAGCCUCGCUGUAGACUUUGUGAUCAGCUAUCCUACACAUUACUGUACUGCUCUUGUUGUACGGGGUAUAACAAAUGUGAUUAGAAAACAGAUAUUAUCAAAAGAUCUAAAAAAUAAUGUAAUUGGGAAGCUAUUGGAUAAUACAGGGAAGUAUAACGAAGAAUAUGUUAUACAUAUAUUAAUGGUGCAUCUAUUCUCUGCUGACAUAAGAUUAUUAAAUCCAAAAUUGACUAUGGAUGUAUCAAAUAUGGAUCCAGAUGUACUAAUGAGUUCAAUGGAACGUAUAACAUUAUUAUACAAAACCCUCAAGCUUUCCAAACUGAAAGAGAGUAAGCAGAUUGUGACAUCUGCUCUGAAAUACUUUUUAAGAGAGACUCUACCUCCGGCUGCGACUUUGAGUAGAGUUGUGAUGGAGUUUAUUGAGUGUUGUAAAGAGACUGAAGGGAGAUUGAGUUUGUUAAGUGACAAAGAGAAAUGGAUUCAGAGUUCGGUGUUGAAUGCUGAAGUUGUUUAUGAGGUAUUUGAAACAGCUGUCACACAGAAUCAAUUAUCAGUUUUAAGUGGUUGGAUAUUUGAAGCUUUAUGUCAUUUAUUGACAGGCAAAGUGUCAACGAAAUUGUUACCAUUUUGUGUGUUAACAAUUUUAGUAUCAGCAAGUUCAAAUUGUUUUAUACGUAAAAUAUCACCACUUUGCUAUCAUGUUUUCUUAAAUAGUUUUACAAUGAAUAAAAAUAGUGAUAAUUGGUAUUUAUUUAAUGAUAUUGAAAGGAAAGAUACGAUAUCUUUUUCAGAUAAAAGAUUAUUAUGUGUUGUAGCGUUACAUUCAAAUUUUACAUCUUCACAGUUGGUGAGAUUGAAAGAAUUGUGUGAGAAUAAUGAGUGUUUAUCUUACCUUUUACAAUGUUUGUCUGUUUAGUUAUUCUAUUGUGAAUUAGCUAUCGCCCGUGACUUUGUCCAUGUAGAUUUAAAUCAGUGUUUCCCAAAGUGGGCGAUAACGCCCCCUUGGAGGCGUUCGAAACCUUGGAGUGGGCGAUAAGAGGCUCAAAAAUGGGGGGGCAUUGAAAUGAAUUAAAAUAAUGAAAUUGUGGUUUUUAAGUUUUAGGGCUGAAUAA